UGCGUCAGUCAGAACAUCCACAGGACUCAACUAAUUCGCUUCACUCAUUGGAGAAAUCGCUAAAUUUACCGACUGGACAAACCAAGAAGAAGCCACCAUCAUGAACAAGUUGUUAACAGUUACCAUGGCAACGAUCAUUUUGGGUGCCAUGAUACAAAUCACUUUCGCCAAGCAAAAAAACAGUUGGUGGACCAAACGCUCCCUCCCACCUGCUCGUCUUCCAAAUUUUGCGCCCCAAGAAAACACGAGCAAUGGAGCAGAUACAGAUGAAGAUAUAUUGAAUGCAACGAAGUCCACCACAAAUAAGGAAGAUCUGGAUAUACAAAAAGAAAUCGACAUCGCGAUAGUCUACGGUGUCUUCUCGCCCUGUUUCACUUACUCCUCCCUCCAGCGGAUGUCACCCUGUCACUGCAUCGUCCACCGGAUGUUUGAUGUCAUCUCCGGGGAGGAGGAAACCGGGAGGACGCUCGUCAGGGCACUGUAGGACUUUUAUCGCUCAUUUACUAACUGGAUUUCUUGUUGACUUGACCCUCCAACAAUCUCACUCGACUUGAAGAGUUGCGUGGUAGCAAAGAGUGGAUUGAGAUAUACAUACGUACAUACAUACAUAAUCGUAAAUUAGUAAUUUAUUUACGACCACUGACUUCAGCACUGAGCCCACUGUAUAAACUGCUGAAGUCGAAUUUAUGAACGGGAAAUUUAUUGGAAUAAUAUUAUUGUCAUAAACUGUCAUUACUAUAAGACACAUGUAUCCAUUUCUAUUGAAUGUCAUAUAAUAGACGAGCCGCAGUUGAA